AUCCUUGGGUUUCAUCUUCAGUAGUAAGAUAAUUAUGAAAAAUAAUAAAAAUUGUAAAUUUCAAAAAUUCUAUGGCGGAAAAAUCUGUCAAAAAUUAUAUUGAAUAACAUGUCAGAAAUGGAUUGACUCUUCAUAAAAUUCACCCAUGAAUAGAUACUUGCCAAGGGAAGAAAAAUAAUGGGACAAAGAAUAAAAAAUCAACAUGAAUAAUCAGACGACAUUAAAGAAUAAAAAAUUUAUACAACAAGAAGUCAAUAGAAUUUCAAAGUACACAUCUACCAAAGAAAAAAAAGAUGAAGGAGCAAAAGAAGUAGUGCAUAAGAUGUAUGUCAUACAACAGAUAAGUGUUGGGGACUUGCAAAAUAUUGGUCCGAUUAUAGAGAAAGAAUUUAAAUUCGAGAGGAUUGUGAAAGAUUUGGAAUCAAUGAAACAGGUGGAGCACUUGAUUGAAUGCGACAAAAAAACUUCAAGAUGUAUGAACUGCAUUAAAAAAGUUAUAGGAUAUGAAGAAAAUGAGAACAUUCAAGCAAGCUUAGAAGACUAUCUAUUUGACAAGUUUCAAUAAACUAUUUAAAUUAUACAUAAAAAACAGUAUACAAUAAACUUAUUUCAACAAA